CUCGGUUUGACUGGACACCGCUAAAUUACCUAUGAUCCCGAUGCAGCGAUUGGGUUGCCUUAGCUUGGUAGAGAAAUUAACUUAAAGAAGACAUUCAACCAGAAAUCUUUGUUUGAUUCUUGACGAUGUCGAUAAUGUUUUUAUGAAAGGAAAUCUAAAUAUGAACCCCGCCUGUAGUCAAGGAAACAAACUAACACAUCAUGACCAUUCCUUGGAAGGACCAAUCAUCGCUUAGCAACCAGUGUUUACACCCGACAAAUUUGGAACCAGAUCCAAAAGAUCAGGAACCUGAAUCAGUCCCGGAGAAAGGGAGACCGGAGUACUCUGAUAUCCAUCCCUCUGGGAAAGUAGAUCCCUCCGAGUCGUCAGAGAUCUAUUUGCCUCCCCUAAGAAAUACUGAGUCUUCCCUGUGUUUUGAUCGCUCUUGUUUUGUGGAAUCUCUUCAUGAAUAUAAAUUUCUAGUAAUAGAAAAGCUGGUAACAAGUUUUGAGACAUUGUUGCUCAGUCAAAUCUUUUCUUUGAGCAUACCUUCUUACCCUGACGAUCCCAAAUCUACACUGCCUGAAGUAUUUUGUGACGACCCUUGUUGGAUUAAUUUUGUUCUUGGACAUUCUCCUUACAGAAUACGGUCUUUAACUGGCCGAGGACUCGCAAGAUUCACUUUUAGGCUCUCCCUUGUUUUUUUGCUUUUGUUGAUUGUGGAUACAGAAAACUCUCUUAAUAGUUCCAAUGAACUACAGAACAAUCAAACUAUAAAACUGUUUUCAGCGUCAGCAAAUUUCCAUGACCCAGCAUACUUUAUCCAAUCAGUUCUUUUAAAGGGGUAUAAAAGUGAAGUCUGGGCGAAUCCAAAGCAGAAAUUUAAGACAGUCGGAAAGCAUAGGUGUUACUGCAUGAGGAAUUCUUUUUUUGUGAGUCAUCACGAUCCAAGCAAAAGUGAUCUUGACUACUCCGAGUGUUUCGGAAGCAUCCAUUAAGAACAAAAUAAAUAUUAACAAUAAUUUUAAAAUAUUAGGUAAUAUUUGUAUUUUGUUUUACUCUAAUGAAAAAAUAUGACUGUUGUUUCAUUAUAUUCUAUGUACUAUGGAUGAGGAAUUGAUUUAUACCUUGGAGAAUUUUUCAAUCUCAGACUCAGAUUUGAAUAUCAGAAAACUGUGCAAUAGUGAGCUUAAUAGGCUAUAUACCUACAAGGACUGGAACGGGACGGUAUUUGCGAUUCGAUUGGCUGAGGAAGGAUUCUUCUACACUGGCAUCGAAGAUAAAGUUCGCUGUUAUUUCUGUCACUCAGAGAAAGAAAACUGGUCCCCGGGUGAAGAGGUUAAAUCGGUUCACAAAAAGCUAAAUGCUAAUUGCCCUUUAAUCGUCAACCAAAGUGAAACAAACAAUAUUCCAAUUUAUAGUCAUUUGUUGGAGGAACCACUUCUGCCGGCUCUUCAAAGAAUCAGUCACUUGUUAGUCAGGCCACACGUUGAGCAGGAUAGAGAUCUCACGAGAUUCGCUGAGCAAGAUAAUACCCCUGUGAUCUCGGGAAGAAGAAGGAGCAUGAGCCACACUUCAGACUCCACACCGGGAUCCAACAAUUUCCCUGGUGGAUCCAGGGAUUCGUCUAUAGGGUCAACUGGAUCUCGGGAUAGUGGGAGAGGCAGAAGUAACAGCCAGGAGGGAGGGUCACUGGAACAGCCACCACAAAGGUUUAGCAUAGGAUUAUCAGGUCCUCAGCCCGCUGUUGCCAGCCUCCCUCGCUCCCAAAGUGGGGGAAUCUCCUCCCCCCAAAACGAGACACCCCCCCUGGAGCCCGCCCAGCUGCUGGGAAAUCCAAGCUUCCUACGGUACGAGAAGAACCGCCUGGACACAUUCAGGGAGUUCCCCCCCACGGCCAAUGUGAGGCCCAAUGACUUGGCCCGGUCUGGAUUCAUUUACACAGGCGUAGGUGACCGAGUACAGUGUGUAUUUUGUCGCGGGAUUCUGCGGGACUGGGACGUCGGUGAGAAACCUCACAUCGAACACAAAAACAAGUUCCCCAGGUGCCCCUUCAUCCUGGGGGUCAAUGUCGGAAACGUACGAAUGACCCCGAUCCAGCCCGCACACCGCAUCAACGUGGGAGGAGGCUCCAACAACCAGAGUCUGGGUCACAUGGAAGCUUUAGGUAUCAACACAGACCGACCGAAGCACGCCAACUUUGCGGUGGAAAGUACCAGGUUGACCUCUUUCAAUAACUGGCCGCAGUACAAACAUCAGACUCCACAACAGCUGGCCGCUGCAGGAUUUUUCUACGCAGGUUUUGGUGACAAUGUAAAGUGUUUCUACUGUGACGGGGGUCUUAGGAACUGGGAGCCUGGGGAUGACCCCUGGUCAGAACAUGCUCGCUGGUUCCCCCGCUGUUCUUUUGUCCGUACGGUGAAGGGGGACCAGUUUAUACAAAGCACACAGGAAAGAUUUAGUCAUCUUAAUAGCACUCCAGAACAUCAAGUUGAGGCCCGCGAGGUCCGCGCUCGAAUGGAGCUGCCCAUGGUUCGAGCUGUUCUGGAGACGGGGGUUAGUCGGAACAGCGUGAUGCAGGUCAUAGAGAGGAGGCUGAGAGAAACAGGUGACGACUACCCGUCUGCUGAGGCUCUACUGAAUGCGGUCCUGACAUUGGAGGAAAAUCCCGGGGCCCUCAAUGUGUCCUCGUCACAUGACCUGGGAACCAUGGAUAUCCCCCCGGAUAUCCCUCCAGAUAUCCCUCUAGAUAUCUCUCCACCCCCUCCUGACCCCUCACCUACCAGGACCAUUCAACGUAUUCCUAACUCGGGAGGAACGUCAUCUAACACUACAGUAGAACCGGGAUCCAAAGAUCUGGAGGAGGAGAACCGGCUGUUACGUGAGCAGAAGACGUGCAAGAUCUGUCUAGAUGCUGAGGUGGGGGUGGUGUUUCUGCCCUGUGGACACCUUUGCUGCUGUGUGAUGUGUGCCCCCGCCGUCCGGCAGUGUCCAAUCUGUAGGGCUGAGAUCCGCGGCACCGUGAGAACAUUUAUCCCAUAGGAAGUCCUGAUGUAGAUUGAUUUUAUACUGAGAAAAUCAUUUUUCUUGAAUUUACUUUAUGCAAAUGCAGUGACUUUUAUAUGUUGAAAAAGAACUUUUAUUAUAAUGUGUUUUCUGAUUUAAUCAUUCUUUAUGUAUGCUGCGCACACUUUCAAAAAUUGAAAAAGUAUCCUGCCUUAUUUUAUUUGCCAAAUUUCUAUUAAUUUAAUUUUAUCAAUAUUGUAAAUGCAAUGCCUUGUGUACAUAUGAAACAGGACUUGCUGGAAUAAGUUUGAUGAUUAUUUUCUUGAUUAAACCACUCUUUGAAAUGCU